AUGGCAGAACUUCCGCAGGACGUCGCCCAGGAGCUCGCCGCGACGGCGAGGGCUCUCGCAGCUCCCGGCAAGGGUCUGCUCGCAGCGGACGAGUCCACAGGGACGAUAGGGAAGCGUUUUGCGUCGAUUGGCGUGGAGAACACGGAGGAGAACCGGGCGGCUUACCGCGAGCUGCUGUUCAGCACGAAGGGGCUGGGGGAGUACUGCAGCGGGGCGAUCCUGUUUGAAGAGACUUUGUUCCAGAAGGGCCCCUCGGGGGCCCCCCUGGUGGAGCUGCUGCAGCAGCAAAAGAUCAUUCCGGGGAUAAAAGUGGACAAGGGGCUGGAGACGAUCCCAGGGACUGACGGCGAGCAGGCCACCUUGGGCUUGGAUGGGUUAAGUGAGCGCUGCAAGAAGUACUACGCAGCAGGGGCCCGUUUCGCGAAGUGGCGGGCCGUGCUGCAGAUCGACGCAGCAGCAGCAGCAGCAGCAGCAGCAGCAGCAGCAGCAGCAAAGCCCUCGCCCCUCGCCGUGGCCGAAGUGGCCCACGGCCUGGCCCGCUAUGCUGCUAUCUGUCAGCAGCAAAGACUUGUCCCCAUAGUGGAGCCCGAGAUCUUAACAGAUGGGCCUCAUGAUGUGGCAGUUUGUGCUGCAGUGACGCAGCAAGUGCUGGCAGCAGUUUUCGCGCAGCUGCAGCAGCACAAAGUGCUGCUCGAGGGGGCCCUCCUCAAACCCAACAUGGUCACCCCGGGGGCCCAGGGGCCCCCCUCGACUCCGCAGGAAAUUGCCUUUUACACAAUCCGGACUCUUUACAGAACUGUUCCUCCGGCUCUUCCGGGAAUAAUGUUUUUGUCUGGAGGCCAAAGUGAAGAAGAAGCAGCACUCAAUUUGAAUGCAAUGAACCAGAUGGGGGCCCCCCGGGGGGGCCCCCAGGGGGGCCCCCAGGGGGGCCCCCAGGGGGGGGCCCCCCAGGGGGGCCCCCUGCCGUGGGCCCUUUCUUUCAGCUUUGGGAGGGCCCUGCAGGCCUCGUGUCUUAAGGCCUGGAAGGGAGCAGCAGCAAACCGGGAAGCAGCGCAGCAGCAGCUGCUGCUGCGCGCGAAGGCCUGCAGCGAGGCGCAGCGCGGCUGCUACAAGGGGGGGGCGGGGGGGGCCCAGGCCUCGGAGUCGCUUUUUGAAAAGAAGUACAUCUACUGA